UCUCACUUCUCUUCUUCUUCAACUUCCUUUACCAGCAAACACAAACACACACACACCAAAGAGAGAGAACAUAACUACACAAAGCAAAGCAUAGCGUGGCACAGGAUAAAGAAAAGAACAAAGUAGAAUCGCAAGACCAAAACAGAGCACCUCUCUGUUCUUAUUCUCUCUCUCUCUCUCUCUUCGCUCUUCUUCUUCUUCUCUCCAAGGUGCCCAAUUCCAAAUUUUCUCCCUUUCCCUCACCUUUGGCUGCCUCUUGCAAUUCGGUUCGUGAUUUUGAGCAUGGAUUUUUCUUGCUAAUUGCAAAGUUGGAAGAUUUUUUUGAAAAACAAUGACUUGGAAAAGCAGGGGAGACUUGCUUCCCAAAAGUGUUAUGUCUAAGAAAUGGGUGAUUUUUCUCUGUAUUGGAAGCUUCUGUGCUGGGAUGGUGUUCACCAACAGCAGGAUGUGGACUAUGCCUGAACCUAAAGGACUUGGACGAACAACAGCCAUGGAAGCUGAAAAACUGAAUGUAGUUUCAGAGGGUUGUAAUACAAGAAUUUUGCAAGAGAAGGAAGUGAAGCGUGAAACUAAAGGCAUCUAUGGAGAGGUUUCCAAGACACAAAAUGCCAUACAAACCCUUGAUAAGACUAUUUCAAACUUGGAGAUGGAAUUAGCAGCAGCAAAGGCAGCUCAGGAGUCUAUACGAAGUGGUGCUCCAGUACCAGCAAAUGCCAAGAUGAGUGAAUCAUCUGGUAAAAGAAGGUACCUAAUGGUCGUAGGAAUCAAUACUGCUUUCAGCAGCAGAAAAAGAAGAGACUCAGUUCGUGAGACAUGGAUGCCACAAGGUGAGAAAAGAAAGAAGCUAGAGGAAGAGAAGGGCAUUAUCAUCCGAUUUGUAAUUGGUCAUAGUGCGACAUCAGGGGGUAUCCUAGACAGAGCUAUUGAAGCAGAAGAUAAGAAGCAUGGAGAUUUUCUGAGACUGGAUCAUGUUGAGGGAUACCUUGAAUUGUCAGCAAAGACAAAGAUCUACUUUGCCACUGCUGUUAACUUAUGGGAUGCUGACUUCUAUAUCAAAGUUGAUGACGAUGUUCAUGUAAAUAUAGCGACACUAGGACAAACUCUAGUGAGACACAGAUCAAAACCUCGGGUGUACAUUGGAUGCAUGAAAUCUGGGCCUGUUCUUUCUCAAAAAGGGGUAAGGUACCACGAGCCAGAAUACUGGAAAUUUGGUGAGGCUGGAAACAAGUAUUUCCGUCAUGCCACGGGACAGUUGUAUGCCAUUUCAAAAGAUCUGGCUACAUACAUUUCAAACAACAAGCACGUUCUCCACAAGUAUGCCAACGAGGAUGUCUCACUAGGUUCUUGGUUUAUUGGACUUGAUGUGGACCACAUAGAUGAUCGAAGACUCUGCUGUGGUACACCACCAGAUUGUGAAUGGAAAGCACAGGCGGGAAAUGUUUGUGUUGCUUCAUUUGAUUGGACUUGCAGUGGAAUUUGCAGGUCUGCUGAAAGGAUCAAAGAGGUUCACAAGAGAUGUGGAGAAGGUGAGAAAGCUUUGUGGAGUGCCUCUUUCUAGUGGCAUUGCAGCUAGGAGUUCCUCCAAACUCAGGAGGAAAUAACCAGCACAGUGAAACUAGGCUGGUGCAAGAAUCUUGUUUUUCUUUUUGCAUAGUUUUGGGAAAGUAUAGAGAAUUUUCAUUUUAAUACAGAGCAGGAGAGAGAGAAAGAAAGAGUGGAGGAGAAAAAACCAAAAGGAAAGAACUUGAAGGGGAUUGACCAUGGUGGUUGCAAGAAUAGGAACCAUUGGAUAGUCCACCCCACCAAUUCUUUGAUGCUUGAUGAGGCACUCUGUGUGUUAAUAGCUCCAUACCUAUCAAGCUCCUAAUAAAUGUAGAUAUAGUUUUGGUUGGAUAUUCCUGUUUUCUUCCUUUCAUUUCUUCUACUUCCUCACAUGUAAUACCAUAAGAGCAAAGUCACAAUCCUAGAACACUGACCACUUUUUUUCUGUCUUCUUAA